GUAGAAGCGGCAAGUGUUGAAGUUCAACAAGUAACCGAGUUGCAAUAUGGAGAAUAAUAAAGAAAAAGACCAUCGAAUACAAAUAAAAAUACUCUAUAUUCUAAACCUGCUGCUCCUCUUGUUUGUCCUGGUGUUUGUCAUCAUUCAUUCAUCUCAAAAUUCUACUAUUCGAAUAUCUUCACCCGAUGUAGAAGUGCGUUAUAUCGAAUCUGAGAAAACUCAAGGAAAGGAUGAAAACAUUAAUCGUGACAUUACUCGUCAUCGAGUUAAAGUAAGAGAAAUGUCUUCUAAAACUGAAUGCGGAGAGAAAGACAAAGAUGCAGUAAUACUGAACGGAAAAUGCAGUAUAAAAAAAUCUGAACUUUGCGAGUAUUGUCUUACUGGAGAAGACAUUUGUAAAAGGAACACAACAGAAACAGAAGGGAGACAAGAGGAAGAAAAGAAAAAACAGAAAAGUAGAGAUUGCAUUCUCGACAACGUUACAGAUUACCAGAUCAUUCCAUUCCCAAUACAUAAUGGGAUCGAAAGACUAGCUGUUGCACAAUUUGAAGAGGAUUCUGAAGGAAAUCUGGACAUUUGGCUGAAGGAAUUUGAAAAUCCUGUUUUAAAAAAAUACAGAUUAAAUGAAAACGGAACUUAUGAAAUUUUCAAAGAAAUUCGUUUUCCUGACACAUCGACAGAUUGGGGAAUUGUAUACAAUGGAAGUUAUUACUGUCGAUAUUAUUAUGAACGCGCAAUUUUCAAAUACAACCUCCAGACUUGGGAAUCGAAAAUAGGAGAUGAAAUUAGUCAUGUUCCAGAAGUUGAUAACAUGUAUUUCUUCACAGACGAGGACGAUAUUUGGAUAAUUAGCUUAACAAGUUUUCAUAUUGACAAUUCUGACGAGGCGCUUCAAAUCGAUCCAGAGAGUUUAGAAAUUUUGUCUAAGCAAAAAAUUGUUCUUGGAAAUUGCAUGCUUGAAUAUGUAUUCGUUGCUUAUGGCAAAGUAUAUUGCUUGAGUGGUUCGGGAGGUCGAGAAAUUUCUUUGUUGUGGGAUAUGACCAAAGAAGAAAAUUUAGACGUCAUUAUAAAUAUUAAUAGAAAAGAACCUCUUAAUGCUUUUAAUCUGUUCUAUAAUUUUAAAGAACAACAUCUUUAUGUACUUCACGGAUAUUCAGAAUACUUGAAUUACACUCUUCAUAGAUACAAAUUACACUUUAAUUGUUCGUCUGAGGAGUGAACAAUUGCAUCGAUA